ACAGUCCAUUAGAGAAAGGAUGGACCCUAAUAUUUAGCAACAAAUCAAGCGAAGAGCUUUAGGAUCUUCCCUUUUCAUAACCAGAAAGGAGAAAGACGCGCUCACUCCAAUCUCCAUCUCAUCUCCAUAUCCAUGGACACCUAACCUCAGAGUUGGAGAGUUGAGAGCAACUGAAUCUUCAUUUGACUGAAUCAUGAAGCGACUCAGAAAAUCACUUCCCCCACCCCCAUCUCCUUAAAUCCAACAUAAGCUUAUCAUCUCUCCAACCCUUUUCUUCACACUCUAAGACUCUCAGUUUUCAUCCCUACAUUAAUGAGCCUGUCGAUUCCUUGUUUUUCAAUUCAUUCAAGCAUCAAAAUCCCAAAUCCAAUUUAGCAUUUCUUGAUCUCAAUUCGUCCAGAGUCAUGGGGACCAAAUUAUUUUCUGUAUGCUAUGAAUCCAAUGAUACCCUCUGUGCCAAUUCAUGGAAAAAAUUGAAACCCACUUUAUGUUCUUUGUUUUCUAAUUCUCAAACUGGGUAUUGUUUAAAUUCAACUUCAGUUUCAACGACAAUGCCUCGCUUUCUCAAUGAACCCAUCAUCAGUUUUCACUUGUCUAAGCUAUCAACACAACCAAAACCUCCAUUUAAAAUCUCGUUCCGUGAUCGAAUCCCAUGCUAUUUCACACAAACGAGAUAUUUUUCAAGUGAAAAUCCGAACGCACAAAAUGGAAUACCCAUUAGUUCACCCCUUGAGACCUCAAAUCCAAUCGAUGCAGGAUCUUCGAUUCGAAAACCUAUCAGUUUAUGGCCUGGAAUGUACCAUUCUCCAGUAACAAACGCUUUAUGGGAAGCAAGAUCAAGCAUAUUUGAGAAGCCUGCUGAUUCACUUGAUGGCACUUCACACAGUGAAUUAAUAACAAAAACUCCAUCAAAGAGCAGGACUAGUAUUCUCUAUAACUUUUCUUCUGAUUAUAUACUCAGGGAGCAGUAUAGGAACCCUUGGAAUGAGGUCAGGAUGGGGAAGUUGGUUGAAGAUCUCGAUGCUCUUGCUGGAACCAUUUCCUACAAGCACUGCUGCAAUGAGGAUGGCACAACAAGGCCUCUUUUGUUGGUCACUGCUUCUGUUGACAGGAUGGUUCUGAAAAAACCAAUACGUGUUGAUGCCGAUCUGAAAAUAGUUGGUGCUGUUACAUGGGUUGGGCGGUCAUCCAUGGAGAUUCAGUUGGAGGUGAUUCAGUCAACAGAAGGGACCUCCGAUCCUUCAGACUCUCUUGCUCUUAUGGCAAAUUUCACAUUUGUGGCUCGUGACUCAAAUACAGGAAAAUCAGCUCCUGUUAACCAAAUCUCACCUGAAACUUUACAAGAAAAAUUGCUUUGGGAAGAAGCAGAAGAAAGAAACAAAACAAGGAAAAAGAAGAGAACAGAAAAUAAAAAAGAUACCGAGUCUGAGAAUAGAUACAUGGAAAGACUCGAUGCAUUGCUAGCUGAAGGACGGGUCUUCUGUGACAUGCCAGCAUUGGCAGACAGAGAUAGCAUUCUUAUACAGGAUACUUGCCAUCAGAACUCUUUGAUCUGUCAACCACAGCAAAGGAAUAUUCAUGGUCGCAUCUUUGGAGGAUUUUUGAUGCGCAAAGCAUUUGAGCUGGCAUUUUCUAAUGCUUAUGCAUUUGCUGGUGCAGCACCACGCUUUGUUGAAGUUGAUCAUGUUGAUUUCUUUAAACCAGUGGAUGUUGGAAAUUUUCUUCGUUUGAAGUCUUGCAUUUUGUACACAGAGCUUGAGGACCCAGCUAAACCUUUGAUCAAUGUGGAAGUUGUAGCUCAUGUUACAAGGCCUGAACUAAGGUCCAGUGAGGUAUCUAACAAGUUCUAUUUAACAUUUACUGUCCGUCCUGAGGCCAUGAGAGAUGGAUUAAGGAUCCGGAAUGUUGUUCCAGCUACAGAAGAAGAAGCACGUCGAGUGCUUGAACGUAUGGAUGCUGAGAACUCCCAGAUUGCAAAAUCAUGAAAAUAGAUUCACUCACUCAGUUGCUUCAACAAUUGAGAAGUGCAAUUGAAUUGCUUAGCACUUUGGUUAAAUUAACAGAAACUUCUCAAUCAUGUUUCUCUUGUAAAUUUUUUCUUCACUUCACCAAAGUGAAUCUCUCCAUCAAUGAGUUUUAACUCAAUGCUAAUAGGGUCAUCUCCAGAAUAGUAAGCUCUCAAGUUCCAGUCAA